GUCUAAUCAACAUUCCCUUUUGCUUCUCACCCGGUGUGAGUCCUUUCGCUUCUCUCUAAAUCUCACUCUCUUCCCCAGUAUUAAUCCACCUCAACUACUUAAAAUGAAGGCCUUCUUCUUCCUCACCCUCCUGGCCCCCGUCUUUGCCCUACCAGCAAACCAAGGCUGCGACAUCGGAAAAGCCUCCACAGUCACCAGCGGCGGCGCCGCCAACACCACCUGCGCAAUGACAAAAGCCCACCUCGAGAAAGGCAUCCAACACAACCUCAACAUUCAAGCCCAAGAGCUUCAAGGCAUCCAAACACUCCAGGCCCAACUCGACACCCCGGACUUCAACGCCACACAAACCAAAGUCCUCGACAUCCAACAACGCGGCAUCGACAUCCGGGCCAAGAAUCAGAAACUCGCCAAGAAAAUCUCCAGCCCGGCGCUCGACGGGCUGAAUAUCGUCGAGGGCGCGCAGGUUAAGGAGAAGGAUCAGGUGACGGGGUUGAAGGGGCAGGCGGCGACGGACAAGGAUAUACUUGAUACUUUGGUACAGGAGGUUAUGGAUGGAACGGCGCAGAAUAAGAAGAAUCUUGAUGCGGCGAAGAGUCAGAAGUGUUAGGGCAGGUGAUGGGUGGAAAGUCAU